AUGGCGUUCAUGGCUAAAGAUAUACUUGCACUCGUAUCCUUUGCGUCUGUUCGUCUCCUGCACUUGCUGACUCCGUCUCUUGGUCGUACUCUAGGCUACUCUCCCGAAUCACCACGAGACAUGUCUCCGGAUGCCAUUUCCCCCUAUCCAGAAAGACCGAUCCGGCCUUUACCCAAGAGACGCCUCCGCGAGAGACUCUCCCCAGAUGUUGCUGAUUCCAUCAAAUACCCACCGGCCCCUAAAACUACCACUCCUUUAUUCUACCACCCAUAUAAUCUACGAGAGGAUGCUGGGGCGAAUGGUUUGGUAGAGUCGCAACACCCGAGCGAGCGAGAGCGAGCUGAUGAGCUAGAGCGUGGCUACAUUACGAGGAAAUGUGGUGAUGAGCUGGAUAGUGAUGAGGACGAGGCUGCAUAUCGGAGUAGAAUCUACUCCAGACAUUCGGAGACCACCACAGGCAGAUCUUAUCGCUACGUACAGAAGCCCGACCCCAAGAAUUCGAAUCCACAGCCCCCAGCGUCUAUUGCGUCUUCGGCGGAUGGUUAUGACUCUUUUGAAAAUACCAACAACAAGAAGAAGCGGAAGAUUCCUACCCCAGGGGAUAGUCUAAAUGGAACUCACCUCUCAAGUGAAAUGGCAGGAAUGGGUAUCUCUGGUCCGGAUGAUUUAGCGGAUGAUAUAGGAGGUGGCAUAGGCUCUUAUCAUAGCCCCGGAAGUGCUGUGUCUCAGGGUCUUUCUGGUCCGGGUAGAGGCAGAUAUGGGCGCAUCCGCAAUGGCAGAAGCCCUUUGAGGACAUUAUCUGAUUCCAACUGGGGGAAUGGUCGUACAGUCAAACAAAGACAGGCCCAAUGGCCUCUUACUACCGAAACCCCAGGAAUCAUAUCGAAAUCCAUUGCUGAUGCCAAUGCCCAGAAGCAUCCCAUCACUCCAGCAAGAGGUCAAGAAAACGUCAGUCUCUUGCAACAACAGGCUUCUAAGAAAUCCACUACUGCGUCAACACAAUUCACAUUCACCUGCGAUUCACAGGUCCCAGGAACAGUCGCCUGGCCAGGACCUACCACCGCACCCAUGCAUCAAAGUCCAGCUGCUGCUAGGAUGAGCACUCAUGCAACUCAGACGAGUCCGAACAUGCCUGCCAGUCUCAAUGCCCCCAACACAGUUGCACAUGCCAAGCAAGGCCUUGCUGCAUCACAACACAACCCAGGCAAUUCGAAGCAGCCGCCGCCUCAAGCCGCCCCUCCAAAGAAAACUCGCCGUCGAACUGGCAAAGAGUAUCUCAUUGCGGCCCGUAAGCGUCGUCUGCAACAACAGAAAUACAAUGAUCACUACCCACCUGCCGCGGAAGACAUUUGGGUCUGUGAGUUUUGUGAAUACGAACGCAUUUUCGGUACCCCGCCUGAGGCUCUGAUCAAGCAGUACGAGAUCAAGGAUAGACGUGUGAGAAAGCAGGAAGCAGAGAGACGAAGAUUGCUAGAGAAGGCGAAGAUGAAGGGACGUAAAGGAAAGAAGGGAAACAAGUCUGCGGCUAAGACAACUGCGGCUGUACAUGAUCGACAAGCUACGCAUCAGCAGGCCCAACAACCCACCCCGAUGAAUCAAAGCCAAAGCCAAGGAACACAAAGCGAGGAGUAUUACGAAGACGAAUAUGAUGAUGAGUACGCUCAAGACGAUCCACCACCUCCAUCCCCAACGGCUCCACCCACCAAUCAUCAGCAUCAACACGAGAGUGUACGACCAGCUCCGUUGAAGCAUGGUGGGGGAGGUGGAAAUGCAAUCCCUGUAGCUUGA